GGGACAGGGCGGUCCCUUUAAGAGUUCUGCCGUUUAAAAGGGAAACGAAAGAUAUUACGUCAAAAGUCGAUAUCGACUAAAGGUGAACGAGGAUUUUUUUUUUUAGCUCUUCAAACAAAUGACAGACUCUAAACUCUUUGACCGUUGGAUACGCUGCUCGUAGCUUCACGAAUUUUCUACGGCUAACGUUUAGCCGAGAGCACAUUUCCGGGUUGUGAAUAUUGUUUUUUUAAACUAACUUUUGUGAGUAUUUAACCUCCGUGCCGUGUGUGUGCGCACGCGUUUUUUUUAUUUUUUAUUUUUUGUCUACAAUCAAGCUGCUCUACAAGGAUGUCACGUGGAGCAUCGCAGUCAAGAUGUCAACCUCCUCCUCCUCCUCCACCUCCAAUGGACAAGAGAAGCCCAAACCUAAAUCUCCUUUUCGUAAGAGAGGGAGUCUUCAGAGCAACAUCGGCUCUGAUCCGUGUGCCGUAUCCGGAGCUAAGCCCCUCAAACCCCAGCGUUCCCUGCCAGGAACACCUGUUUCUCUCACGCAGUAUCCACCGGACCUGAGAGCAUCCAUGGAGGAGAAGUUCAAAGAGAUCGCGGAGGAGCUGUUCACUCGCAGCAUGACGGAGAGCGAGAUGCGCAGCGCUCCGUACGAGUUCCCGGAGGACAGUCCCAUCGAACAGCUGGAGGAGAGACGACACCGGCUGGAGAGACAAAUCAGCCAGGACAUCAAGCUUGAACCGGAGAUCUUGCUGCGCGCCAAGCAGGACUUCAUGAAAAUCGACAGUGUGACAGACCUAGAGAUAAUGAAGGACAGCGGGGUGGACGAUGUUGACAUGGCCAUGAAGGAGAGAGAAAUACCCAUGGAGCGGGAAUAUCAGCGGGUGUCCAUAUCUGGAGAGGAGAAGUGUGGGGUGCCGUUCACCGACCUGUUGGACGCCGCCAAGUGCGUGGUGAAGGCCCUGUUCAUCCGGGAGAAGUACAUCAACAGAUCCAUGCAGAACUUCUGUAAGACCACGGCCCAGGCCUUACAGGAGCUGGGGAUGAGGAACAUGGACCUGGGCGUCUACGACGACCACCAGGACACCCCCGUAGAUGCUGAUGCUCCUUUUCACCCGCCUGUUUCAGAGACACAUCCCUACGACAACAUGGACCCACAGAGCAUGCCCACGGACUCAGGAUACGGGUGCAAGAUGGUGGACGGAGUUGUCCACGUCUAUGUCAACAAAGACAACAUGGACAAAAGUGCGGAGGUGGACCUGCCGUAUCCAGAUCUGAAGGAAUACAUCGCCGACAUGAAUGUGAUGAUGUCUUUGAUCAUCAACGGACCAGUGAAGUCUUUCUGCUACCGCCGUCUCCAGUACCUGAGCUCCAAGUUCCAGAUGCACAUUCUCCUGAAUGAGAUGAAGGAGCUGGCAGCUCAGAAGAAGGUUCCUCACAGAGACUUCUACAACAUACGGAAGGUGGACACACAUAUACAUGCAUCAUCCUGCAUGAACCAGAAGCACCUGCUGAGGUUCAUCAAGAGAGCCAUGAAGAAGUACCCGGAGGAGAUCGUCCACAUCGAGAACGGUCGAGGUCAGACCCUCAAAGAGGUCUUUGAGACCAUGAACCUGACGGCGUACGACCUGAGCGUCGACACCCUGGACAUGCAUGCGGACCGCAACACGUUCCACCGCUUUGACAAGUUCAACUCCAAAUACAACCCAAUCGGAGAAUCCAUUCUCAGAGAGAUUUUCAUCAAGACCGACAACUGCAUUAACGGAAAAUACUUUGCACAUAUAGUCAAGGAGGUGAUGUUUGACCUGGAGGAGAGCAAGUACCAGAACUCCGAGCUACGUCUGUCCAUCUACGGUCGGUGCAGAGACGAAUGGGACAAGCUGGCCCAGUGGGCCGUCCAUCACCGGGUCUACUCCAACAAUGUGCGCUGGCUCAUCCAGGUGCCUCGACUGUUUGACGUGUACCACACCAAGAAGCAGCUGGCCAACUUCCAGGAGAUGUUGGAGAACAUCUUCCUGCCUCUGUUUGAAGUCACCAUCGACCCCCGCAGUCACCCCGAGCUCCACCUCUUCUUAGAACACGUGGUGGGCUUCGACAGCGUGGACGACGAGUCCAAACCUGAGCAACACAUCUUCAACCUGGACAGUCCGCUGCCGGCCGACUGGACAGAGGAGAACAACCCCCCCUACUCCUACUACCUGUACUACACCUACGCCAACAUGACUGUGCUGAACCACCUGAGAAGACGACGAGGUUUUCAUACCUUCGUCCUGCGACCUCACUGCGGGGAGGCGGGGCCAAUCCACCACCUGGUGUCAGGUUUCAUCCUGUCGGAGAACAUCUCUCACGGACUGCUGCUCAGAAAGGCUCCAGUACUGCAGUAUCUGUACUACUUGGCCCAAAUUGGCAUCGCCAUGUCUCCGCUGAGUAACAACAGCCUGUUCCUCAGUUACCACCGUAACCCCCUGCCGGAGUAUCUGUCCAGAGGUCUGAUAGUGUCUCUGUCCACUGAUGACCCUCUUCAGUUCCACUUCACUAAGGAGCCCCUGAUGGAGGAGUACAGCAUUGCCACUCAGGUGUGGAAACUGAGCUCCUGUGACAUGUGUGAGUUGGCACGAAACAGUGUCCUCAUGAGUGGAUUUUCACACAAGUCAUCUUCUUCACACUGUUUCCAGGUCAAAGGUUAUUGGCUCGGCCCCUGUUAUGUCAAAGAUGGUCCCGAGAGCAACGACAUCAGUCGCACCAACGUCCCCGACAUCCGCGUCGCCUACCGCAGCGAGACGCUCAUCGAUGAGCUCCACCUGAUCACGCACGCCGUUCGCACCGAUGAGCUGGACACGAUCAACGAGGAGGAGGACGCCCUGUCCAUGGGCCCGCUGCCUGGGGGGCGCUGAACGCCCUGUGGUCCGGACGGUGGGACGCUGGAGUGACGGUGUGUGUGUGUGUGUGUGUGUGAGAGAGAGAGAGAGAGAGAGAGAGAGAGUUUAUAUGUACUGUUCAUCACAUCACCAUAAGAGAAGCCAAGGAUCCAGUGCUGUCUGCACUCACUCGCUCACUCACUCGCUCACUCACUCACUCUCUCACUCUCUCACUAAUGUUUUUCCUUUGCACUAAAUAUAUAUUUGUUUAGUUUUUGUCAGUAUGAGAAGGUGUUUACCAGGAAACGACCAGUGCUGCUUUGUUUUUGUUUUUUUCUGGAUAAGACAUACAGUACCACAGUUCACCAUUAGAGGUCAGUGUUUACCAGAGAUGUAACGAUGCAUCGCAAAUCGAUUACAAUACAGCGUGACAAUUCGCAUCGGUUGAAAAAAAAAUCUCAAAAAGUCACUGGUCAGACCAUGACACUACACACUCUAGUACAGUAGGUGGCGGUGUGCGCCUAAAAACGUUGGUUAUGACCCGCUGUUUACAGUGUUCCUGUAAAGAAAGGAACUCUUUCCAGUCCCAGGUCCACGGAACCAUUUCAGUUUUUACAAAUAAAGGAUCGUUUGAUUUGGUCAGAAUUUAUCUGGAGCUCAUUUUGUCAAAAAAAAAAUGGCAAUGUGACAAAAAGUUGCAAAUCAUAUCGUAUUGUGUGCAUCGUCACAUCCCUGGUGUUUACGUCGUCUCACACACACACACACACACACACUCACGUGACUCCUGUCAGUCACUGCUGCUGAAUCCGUUGAAAACACAGACAACUGUCAAAUGUUUUCAGUUUCUAAGAACUACAAUCAUCGUGUGUCAACGUCGUCUCUCAGUCAAACUGGAAACACAGAAGCCUCAGCCUCACUGCUGUAGUGCUCAUGAGCAAACGGAUGAAUACACACAUCCAGGAAAAUGUAAUUCUUUUCGAAGAAAUUUUUUUUUUUUUACAGAGAAAACUAACAUGUUAUUUGAGAAGCUAACGUCGUUAAACAGAGUUUCAGCUUCAGUUUCCUGAUCUACAGUAAACAAAAAAAAUGUAAUGGUCAAUAAAACCAUCAAAGUAAACCACAGAUCAUGUUUCAAAGUAUUGAGAAGUACUUCAGUACAAUGACAUUUUCCUAGGGGGCGCCAGGCGUAUAAACUAGGGAGGUCCGAUAUUAGCAUAAUGACAAUAUAUCGGUGAGAAUCGUGAUCAUUUUUUUCCUCCAAUAAUGAAUUCCAGAUAUUAUAAUGUCUGGGUUUGACCUGGAAAUGGUCAUGAAGUGAAUCCUCUGUCUUGAACCCAAACGGAUUAAUUAAUUUCGUAAAAUAUUUGGACAACAUCGGCAAAAAGUUAACAUCGGACUUCUCUAGUCUAAACGUUUUUGUCCUGAGUCCGUAGUGAAGUGGAACUGAACUGGGGGCCAUCAGCUGUAAACAUUCCAUGAACCGACCUCAUCGAACCGGCCAGCACUGCUGCAGCGCCACCUUUCUGUGAUGAAGCUGCCUUUUUGUUUUCAUAUUUCUGUGAGAAAAAUAGAGAUGAACCAUUUUUUAAUAAUGUUUUUUUUUUUUUUUUUUUACACAUGAACAGAUGAAGGGUGACCUUUAUCGUUUGUAGCCAAGACAUUUUUCAUGUCCUGUCCCUUUAAGGGAUCUGAACGUUGUGGAGUUUACCUUGUUUAUAUCUGGUUAAUGUGCACCACCUGGUCCACAGUGCCUUUUUUUUUUUUUUUUUUUAGCUCUGCCCACUGUUUGCCAACCCUCCUCCGAGCUGUUUACAUACGUUAAUGUCGGCUUUUUGUCACGCAGCGUUUUUUUUAUGAAUUUUAUUUUCAGUACGUUUGGCCUUAAAGCUGUAGAAAUGAAACUCAAAGCCCGGCCCCGUCCGGCCGCUCGCUUAGUGUAAAUAGUGUUUAAGUCAAACUCUGUUGCAUGUUGGCAUGAUGAUGAUGAUGAUGAUGAUGAUGAUGAUGAUGAUGAUGAAGGAGGUGAACGAGCCGACGGGCAGCUGUCAUUUGUAGCAGCAGGAGGUUAAAGGUUAAAGCUGCUGACCAGACUCAGGAGCCUGUGUCGUGUUGGGUGUUUUUUGUUUUUUGUUUUUUGUUUUCUAUAAAGAGAGCAAAUAAAUUAAAAUUCAGGAUUCCUUACCAUGCCGAAGAGUGCAAAGCAUGCUGGGACAUGGAUGGGACAGUGGCAUGGUUCAUGUAGCAUUUAUUUUCUACAAAGUUCUUUUGUAGUAAAGUUGGUUCAUUUACUAAAAACAAUGCAAUACAUUUUAUAAAAUAAUGUUUUAAAAAAUAUGAAAGUUGAGUCGAGAGGUGGAACCAGCUGCUGAAUGAGCGUGACUUCACACGGGUGCAGGUGGUAACCGUCGGUCCUGGCGUUUCUGUUGGAGGUUUAAAAUGAUUCAUUUGUUUAGAGAUUAGAAUAAAUCUGGUAAUAAAUAAUAUAAUAUUGUUCAUUAAGAUUACUGAAGUUUCAGUGCAUUUUUAGAAAAUAUACCAACUUUUCUGGAAGUGCACACACGCACACACACACACCUCUGUGUACUGUAAAAUCGUCACAUGACUCCACCUUCUCACUGGAUUUCGUCCAAACUCCCGUCAAAGACUGUGAAGCCUCCACGAUGCUAAGGCUGGGGAACGAAAAAACUAUUAAAAAAAAAAAA